AUGGAAAAGUCGCUGGAGGACCUUAAGGACAGUUCCACUAAAAACGAAGAGAAACCACAGAACUCUGGUGUUUUACCACCAGCCGGUCACGCUACCGACAAUGACAGCUCUACUGAUGAUCAUCGCGAUGCCUCAGAGACCCGGAACCCUCGAAAUGAAGACAACCAAAAUGGCGCAGUACAAUCGCAGAAACCGUCUGCCCCAACUUCUCCGAGCUCCUUGCAAUCUGCAAGCGACAAGCAGGAGAAUAACCCUGUGGCUGAAAAGGACAAAGACACGAAGAAUGCGGACAGCAGCGUCAGUUCUGUGUGGGUGCAUGCACCGCUGCUUCUGCUGACGUUGUUUGCAGUGGCGGCUGUGUGA